AUGCAGCGUUUAACGUUGAGGCGAAGGCUGUCGUAUAACACCAACUCCAACAAGAGGAAGAAAGUCAAAACUCCUGGAGGAAAAGUUGUCUACAUUUAUGUAAAAAAGCGAGGGACAUUUCCUAAAUGCGGCGACUGCAAAAUCAAACUUUUUGGUAUUAAGCCUUCAAGGCCUAGAGAGAGGACUUCAAUGAGCAAACGAUUGAAGACUGUCAAUCGGCCUUAUGGGGGAUCACGUUGCCAUACCUGUGUUCGCAAUCGUGUAAUACGUGCAUUCAUGAUGGAGGAGCAAAAAGUGCUCAAACAACUCGUCAAGGAGCAGAAGAGAAGAGAAAAGAAAGCGCAUCCUGUAGAACACAAGAAAAAAUAA